CACGGCACGAGCAGCCACCCACCCUCGCCCACGCCCACCCUCGGCCUUCCCCGUGACGAGCCUCCUGGCGCUGUGUGCCGCCUCCCGCGACUGAUGCGACAACAUUCACGAUAACUUCUCGCCCUCCCGACUCCAUCCGUCGAUUGCGCGCACACGCCCUCUUGACACAGCUAUGCCGCCAAAGGCCGCCCCCGGGCGGCGUGCCCCCCAGGCGCAACCAGAACAAAUAUACGCGCUCGGCCAGGCUGGCAGGAAAACGGGUAUCGUAUUGCAGGACACAGGCGAGCGCGACGAGCAUGGCUUCGAAAAUCCAAACAUUUUUUCCUCGCCUGAGAAGGGCGGUGCGUCCCCCGAGGAGGACGAGGACGAUUCGGGGCAAGAAAUGGAGUUAGACGAUGAGGACGAACCCGGACCAGCGACUAUACGGAGAGGUGCUCAGCAUCGACCGUCCCUACCUCGUGCGCGAUCGCCCUUGAAGACAAACCUUCUCUCGCCUGCAAAACACAACCCGCAGCUAAACCCUUCUUCCUCACCGACUCGCGGUGACAUCUACCACAUGCCGCUGGCCAAACCUCACGAAACCGUCAAUCGCGUUCUGAACUUUGGCACGAGCAAAAACUCAAGGGUCUCACCAGCGCCUAGGCCAAAGGUGAACGGCUCCGGCUCGCAAGAAUCACCAUUCAAGCGGCCGGCAUUGAAGCCCGGGGCCGUGCUAAACGGCAGGACACUGACAGAUGACGAAGAUGAGAGCGAACCUGAGCAGGACGAACAGCCCGCCGAUGCCCCCCUCGCUGACGACGAUGACGACGUUGAUCUCGGCACAUACAUUCACGACGACGACCCAGUGGACGUUGACGACGACGAGGAGCCGGAAGAUGCGCCUGAAGAAGACGAACCAGAGGACGAGCCCGAGGAAGAGCCAGAAGAAGAGCUACCGUCACCGGUAGCAGCCGUUAGCAAAGCUCGCAAGCCAAGCACCAAACCACAAAGGCUAGUGGAACGCGAAACGACACCUGUCAGAGAAGAGGUCCCUCCUCCCAGGCCGCGCGGGCGACCUCCAAAAGCAAGCAAACAAGCUGCGUCGCCGAAACGAAGUCGAAAGGACCAAGCUGCCGCGGAAGAGGACGAUGCAUCGGACGCGGAGGCACCCGCCGCAAAGCGCGCAAAGACCAAGCCAGAUCAAAAGGCUCCGAAGGGCAAACCUGGUCGCAAACGCAAGUCAUCUGGUGUCGGCGUCGAGUCUCCUGCCGUACAACGAGGGCCACCCUUGCCGAAGGCACGUGGCCUUGUGAGCAUCAGGCGCGAGGGCCCAAAUUCAAUGUUGACAACACGCUCGGGACGGCACUCGUUCAAGCCACUCAACUGGUGGCAGGGCGAUCAGCGAGAAUUGGAGAUUGAGGAGUACACCGAUGAAAAGGGGCAGAAAUUUGUACUCAAUUCGACUAAGGGCGUUGUCCGUUAUGAGAACGAAGAUGCUUCGGAACAGUCGUCACGGCGCAGAGGUGGUCGGACCGGCCGGGGUGGCAAGACUGUUUCGCGACGCAGCGAGCCUGCCGUAGAGCGUGAACCGUGGGAGACGAAUACUGGGCGCAUCGUGGGUGAGUGCAUGUAUUGGUAUCCAGAAUACGAGCAUGCGCCGCCACAUGAUGAGGACCCUGUUGAGGUUGUCGAGGAAGAGCUGGCCAUUUCUGAGCCCGCAAUCCAGCUGAAGGACAUCAAGGAUGCCACCUUCAAGUUCGCCAAGACGCUCACAUUGCCGUUCUUCGGGUCUGGUAUAGUAGACCUGCCGCCGGGCUCGGAAAAGAGGUCAAAAAACUCGCGCAAGAUGCAAAUGGUCUUCUUCGUCCACAAAGGAGUAGUCGAUGUCGUGAUAGCGACAAACACUUUCCGCAUCAGCGAAGGAGGCCAGUUCUUUGUGCCGAGAGGAAAUUACUACAGCAUGGCGAACAACGGCGAUGUCAGGGCGCGGAUCUUCUUUGCGCAAGGCUGCGAGCUGCAGGUUGCGCCUGAAGAUCACGAACUCGAGGGCGAAAGCACAAUUAUGUAUAAGGGGUGAUGACCCCUCACAUGCUGGCAUUACCUGUUGUCGAGUCACGAUUACGCAGCGGAAGCGACGGUCAUUCAUGUUUGGAGGCGUUUUUCACGAUCAUGCUCAAAGAUACCAAUAUAAGUUCGUCUUUUGCGGGUGGCUUCAUGCUAAUUGUCCGUUGUCUCGGCGCGAAGUGUGUUCGUAAUGAAGCUCCAAUGCUUCCAUGUGAUGUGGGAAAACGAUUUUGCUCCUCUGCCGCUCCUUUGCCAAUGUUUGUGCUCCUGACAAAACGUCGAUGCCUUUUCCGUAUGGCCAAUGGCCUGUCCCGUUCGAAAUUACAUCCCUCGAAAAGGUGCCCGCUUGGUAGUGUGCCGCUCA